GUCUGUCAAUUGUUUUUGGUACUGAUCAGAGACAAGUGAGCAUUCUUUGUGUGCAGAUUUGUGUUAUCUUAUUAUGCAGAUAAUGCAGACGAUGUGUUGCAUGUUCACUAGUGAUCCUUAGAAUACUCUCUGGGGCUCACAGGAUCGCUUAGGACGUAGUAUAUUGAGCGAAAUCGGGUGCCGUAAUUGUGAAAGUGGGUUUUUUAAACCGUGUAUUAAUCAUCUGUUCUACAUGAUUUACUCCUCAGAACUUGAAGCUUGCAAAAGGUAGCGCCUGUCAGAGUUGAUCAGUGUUGUUUCGCCAGUAGGCAAAACAACAUUAAGUGUUAUUUAAUUAGAGUAUAUUUUACAUUCCACAACAAAUGACACAAAUCUUUGAACUCCUGUUUUAUGACAAAAAUACGCAUGAACGUAUGUGACAGAUAUCAAAAUGAUGGUUCCCUCAGAUGAAGAGGAUGAAGUUGAGGAAAUUAAGUCAGUUUCAAAAAUGGGGAAAGUUUCUUCCCCUAGAGCCAAAGAAAAAACACCCGUUACAGAUGAUGCGGAUGAUGUGUGUGUGGUUGAUGAAAUAUCAUAUAAAAAAUAUCCAAGAGGUGUGGUUUUGGGACCUCAAAGAACACAUGAUCCAUAUGGGCUGCACGUUUCUAACAUCCGGCGAAGAAAAAGAACCGAAACCAACAGCACAGUAAAAUAUGUUACUAUAAGAAGAAAUAUCACUUCCAGUUCUUUUCGUAAUUCAUGUUCAUCAGUGUUGAGAAGAAAGCUCUUUUGUGUUGGUGAGGCAGUUCGAUUGGAAGAGAGGAGGAGAUAUAAGCAACUCAUUCAAGCCAUUGUUGGGUAUGGAAUGAUAGUUGCUUCUUAUUUAAUAUUCAUAUCAAAUUGCAUUGCCCCUCAUCUUUGGCAAACAUUUCAAAAUUUUCAAUUUAACAGAAACCCCAUAACUGACCAGUUACCAAACACCCCCACCAGGCUUGCAAUCGGAAACAAGCCACCCACUGUGGAAUGUGUGAAUUUGGAUUCGGAUUCUGACAACGAUGUAGUUGAGGUCCCUCAAGGAACCAAGGCAACCAAGGAGGAUGUACAGAUGAAAAGUGCCAAAGAAAUUGUCGGAAAUGAUGUAAUAGAUUUAGAACAAGAGUCUGAGAAUCCAUGUUCAUCACUGCAAACUGUAUUGGACCAGCGCUUUCCAGAGUAUGAAGCCAGUACAUCUUCAGCUCACUCGCAAAAAAUUCCUAAUGCAGAAUAUACGUUUAUUAAUUUGGUUGAUGAUGAUUAUGAAGAAGAGAAGGAGGAGAAGGAAAAAGAUUCAGAGAAGGUAACUGCUGAACCUUAUGCUUCAGAAAAUAAACAAAAGGGUAAUUUAUCUGAUCAGAUGAUACAGCAAAUGAUUAUUAAUGAUGAUGAUGAUGAUGAUGAUGAUGAUGACCAUGUACAUGUAGAAAAAGAGAUAAGUGAAGAAGAGGAAGAUAGUGAAGAUGAUCUGGAAGAAUCUUUGCCUGAGAUAACACGCGAAAUGCAAGUUGUGGUACAAAAGGCCUUCACAAGCAAACCGAAUGAAGUUGUUGUGAAUGCCUUCAACCUCACUGUGCACGGGAAGGACGUCCAGACUCUAAAGGGCAAUGGCUGGCUUAAUGAUCAGGUGAUAAAUUUCUACAUGUCCCUCAUAACAGAAAGAGGAAAAUUGGGAAGUUAUCCUUCAGUGUAUUGUUUCAACACAUUCUUUUUUGUGAAAUUAAAGUCUUCUGGACAUGCUUCGUUGAAAAGAUGGACAAGAACGGUUGAUUUAUUUUCAUAUGACAUACUGAUAAUUCCAAUUCAUAUGAAAGUUCAUUGGUGUCUGGCAGCCGUUAAUUUUAUUGAAAAGAGAAUUGAAUAUUAUGACAGUAUGCAUGACAAUAACAAUAACGAUGAUUGUGGUCAGACAUUAUUGAAGUACUUGCAGGAUGAACAUCUGGACAAAAAGAAGAAAGAAUUCAAUACAGCUGGCUGGGAAAUAGUUAAUUGUAAGGAUAUUCCAGAGCAGUUGAAUGGCUGUGAUUGUGGAGUAUUUGCUUGUACAUAUGCAGAAUAUAUCUGUCGUUUGACAAAAUUAACAUUUUCACAAGAGCAUAUGCCAUAUUUCAGAGUAAAAAUGGCUUAUGAAAUCCUUACAAAAAAGUUGUUGUUGUGAAUAAGGAAAAAGUGUAAUAUGUAAAUCUUUUUAGUGCUGCAUUUUUCGUGUUGCAUUUCAAGAACAUGCUAGAAUGACUGCAUUUAAGAUUCUGUCAUCAGUUUUCGGUCCAAAAUCUCACAGUUUUUAGGCAAAUAUUUUUCUUAACUUCUGAAACAUUUUCUUGCCUUUUUUCAAUGAACUGAUUAUUACAUUAUUUUUAAGUAAUUUGUUAUUUUAUUUUGUAUAUUUUACAAAACAUUUUUGAACUUUUAUACAGCAAAAAUUAUGUUAAAUUUGUUUACUCCAAUCAUCUCUCUGCAGUUCAUAUUCUGUCUCUUUAAAAAGGAUCAUCUUAAUUUUUGUAUUGAAUGUUCAGUUAUAUUUUUUUCUAACAAUAGUUUAAGUAUAAAAAUGUAUAUGAAGUCAUUUUGUUUGAUAUCAAAAUAUUGUUCAGUAUGUUGCUCAUAAUUUUGUUUCUUAAUGAAAAGAAGGAAUCACAGCAUUUUAGGGAAACACCUUAGAAUAUUAUAUAUUUUCCAAAAUCCAUAUAGCUCAAUAAAUAAUUUUACGAAGUGCCUGGAAAUACAAAAAUGAUUAAGUUAUUUCAAAGUGAAGGUCAGUUCGGGAAUUUAAUCAAAACACUCUAAAAACAAAAUAAUUAUUUUUGUGAAUGCUAGACUAAAUGUAAUUUUUUUCAGUUACAUGCAAAUCCUGCCAAUGCAUAACGUGGCAAAUACAAAUGAGGUUUAUAAUUCUGAAUGUAUUUGUUUUUACAAGUGUGAUUAAACAUUUGUGCAAUUUUUAAGAGGAAGGUGACCAUGUAAAUUAAACAUGAUUUUGACAGUGUACAGAAAUUAGACCAAAUCUUAAUGAUUACCCACAUUUCUUAAUAAGAUUUCCAGGUUUCAUAGUGGUAUGAAAAUACUGUUAUAGAGAAGCAAAAUUUUUAGAAUCGUUUUGUAAGGUAUCAGAGGAGUCAUUUUUAGCUCUGAGGUACAAGGAGCAUUUAUGGAAAUAAGUAAUUUCCAUAAAAUUCUUAAAUUUUGUUGACCAUGUAAUAUUUUCCCAUGUGUUUCUUUUUAGAUUUUUAAUUUGCAAGAAAGUAGUGUGUAUUAAAUUUCUCUUGAGGAAUAUAGCUAGAAUUUGGAAGCUACAAUUUUCUUUAGUAAGAACUGGAGGGAUUAAUUUUCUAAACUGACCUUUAUAACAAGACAUGCUAAUGUAUGUAUGCCUUCUGUGGAAUGGAAUUAACAAUAUUGUGUUGGUAUGUACAUUUUUAUAAAAAUUGGUAUGUUCAGGAAAAGACUGAUUCAUAAAGAGGUAGAAAUAAUAGUUGUACUUCUUUUUUUGUAAUUUAAUGAAAAUUCCUUUUUUCAUGAAGGUGGUUGUAAAGUAUCUUAUUCACUUUCUGAAAAAAAUUGUACAGAUGUAUUUUUGUCUUGUAAAUAUGUGUGAAAGAACCUCUUUAAUAAAUAAUUUGAAAAAUAAAA